AGCGAUGAUGGGGAGAGCAUCGGGCACUGCCCCUUCUGCCAGCGCCUCUUCAUGGUUCUGCUGCUCAAGGGGAUCCCCUUUACUCUGACCACAGUGGAUAUGAAGAGGGCCCCGGAUGUGCUGAAGGAUUUUGCCCCAGGAGCCCAGCUGCCCGUGCUGCUGUAUAAUGGGGAGCCCAAAACCGACACCAACAAGAUCGAGGAGUUCCUGGAGGAGACCCUGGGCCCCCCAAACUUCCCCAGCCUGGUUCCCCGGUACAAGGAGUCCACCACGGCCGGGAACGACAUCUUCCACAAGUUCUCCGUGUUCAUCAAGAACUCGCUGCCGGCCCAGGACGAGGUGCUACAGAAGAACCUGCUGAAGGCCCUCCUGAAGCUGGACAGGUACCUGAGCACCCCCCUGGAGUACGAGCUCGCCCAGGACCCCAGCCUCACCGUCUCCCAGAGGAGGCUCCUGGACGGCGAUCAGCUGACACUGGCCGACUGCAGCCUGCUGCCCAAACUUAACAUUGUCCAUAUCGUGUGCAAACACUACCGGCAGCUGGGGAUCCCCCAGGAGCUGCGCGGGGUCUGGCGCUACCUGGACAGUGCCGGCGAGGCCAAGGAGUUCAAAUACAGCUGCCCCAAGAGCGAGGAGAUCGUGCAGGCCUAUCGCACCGUGGUGAGGCCGCUCAAGUAG